AUGGACCACUCGUUCCCAUAUCACCAGCCUCUGGCUCAGAUGCCAACUGACCAGCGAGAGCACGAGCAACAUCGUGUCUUGGUACAAACGGGACCUGCCGGUGCCGAUGGUCUCUUCCAGGUGACGACUACCAGCGAUACUAGCCCCCAGUCUUACCACCCCGGUCCCCCAGUCGAAAACUGGCCGGCAUUCAGAUCUAACCUGAUACCGCAAGCUCUGAUGUCCCUUCAUCAUACUGGGUUUAGUAACCCGUGGGGCGCCACGCUGGAGCCAUACGAUUUUGGUACUUCUUCUUCUCUCACUCGGGCCCAGAUGCCUGACGACACUUAUCUCGCAUCACUUUACGCUACCCCUCAUACUGCCAACGUGCCUUCCACGUUCGCCUCGUCUACCACCAACAUGCACCAACCAAACACUCACGCGCCGAGACGCGGUGACAACAAUGAUUUAAUCAACCGGCAAACAGCACCAGUCACUGCUUUCUUAAGUCAGGAACACUUGAAUCACUCUCCUCAACACUCGAGCACUCCUCAAAGUUUUGAACGUGUGAUGCGCGAAACACCUCCAUCACCACCCAUUUCCAUCUCCUCAGAUCACUCCAGACCCCAGUCUAGUGGCCCACGUCACCUUCAUGACAGUAUGAGUCCUGCCUUGACUAUGACUGCGGUUGAUAGCCCCUCCCCACGCGUCAGUCUCGCAGAUUCCAGUGAUCAAGAGCAGACUGGAGAACCCCCAUACUCCCGCCUGAUUUGGGAAGCCCUCAUGUCCACUGAUGACAAGAUGCUUCCGCUUCAAGGCAUCUACCAAUGGUUUGAGAAGAACACAACCAAGGGAAAGAAUGAGGAAUCAAAGGGCUGGCAAAACAGCAUUCGGCAUAAUCUUUCAAUGAAUGCAGGAUUCGAAGCUAUCAAGGUCGAGGCCCCUGGCAAAAAGGCUGUAAACUACUGGCGCUUGACCGAAGAGGCUAUUCGAAAUGGCGGGGUUCAAUCAACAACCCGCUAUCGCAAAUUAACCGCUAAGAAGGCCAUGAGCUCGGAUCCCCCCGAUCCUCGUCACCAGCGACCAGGGUCCAAAGGUGGAAAGAAGAGUGCCGGGCUCAAGCGCCAUGCUACUGAAGACGAGGAAUCUCGCCCAGGAUCAACGUUACAUUAUCGAAAUGUCCGACAGAACCGAUCUCCUCCAUUCUAUUCCCAGUCUCACUCUCACUCUCAGCCUCAACAUCAACCUCAACCUCAACCUCAACUUCAGCCUCCGGCGUCAACUGAUGCCGAUAUUCACCAUUUCCAACACUACAACCACACAUACUUGACUACACCGUCCGUUGAAUUGCCGCAGUACGCGGGACUACACGGGCUAAACGGCCUGCCUCAAGUGCCUCGCGAAAACUGGCAGCAGUUCGACCUAAGCAGCGUGAUUGGCACCACCAACCAGCCGCCAGCCAACAACAUGGUGUUCUGCGAUACAGCGGAAGUGGCCCCCGACUGCGCUGCAUUCGUGGGGCCCUGGGUUGGAAUGCCUCAGGCCCAGGGUCCAAUCAUCAUGGACUGA